CUCCUCCCUCUUUCUCUUGUCGCUUCCCAGCUGGUAGAGGUGCAACUUGUCUUCGGUCGUCCCGAAUCCGGGUUCAUCCGACACCGAAACCGGCCCGAGUGAAGCGGAUACCCCUUUAGUCCGGCACAGCCAUGCCUCCUAAGUUCGAUCCCAACGAAAUUAAAGUCGUUUUCCUGAGAUGCACCGGUGGGGAAGUUGGAGCCACCUCUGCUCUGGCCCCGAAAAUCGGACCUCUGGGUCUGUCUCCCAAGAAAGUUGGUGAUGACAUUGCCAAGGCCACCGGUGACUGGAAGGGCCUGAGGAUCACCAUCAAGCUGACCAUCCAGAACAGACAGGCUCAGAUUGAGGUCGUGCCCUCCGCCUCUGCUCUGAUCAUCAAGGCCCUCAAGGAGCCUCCCCGUGACAGGAAGAAGCAGAAGAACAUCAAACACAACGGCAACAUCAGCAUGGACGAGGUGAUCAGCAUCGCUCGUCAGAUGAGGCACCGAUCCCUGGCUAGAGAGUUUUCAGGAACCAUCAAGGAGAUCCUGGGCACAUCACAGUCCGUGGGCUGCAACGUGGACGGCAGACACCCGCACGAUAUCAUCGACGAUAUUAACAGCGGCGCAGUGGAGUGCCCAGCGAACUAAAUGUGAGAAGAGGAGUUAAACAUUCAAUAAAAGAUUUAGAUCCACA